AUCUUUUUUUGCCGUUGCGGAAGGAGUCGCCUGCCUAUUGCAAAAAAUAUAUUAAAAAAAUAUAAUAUGAUAUGCAAUACUAUAUAUAGUCGGUUAUGGCUGUGAAUGGUUUUAAUGUUUCCAAUCUUGGAUUUUAAUACGAGGUGGAUAUUGUGUGUAGUUUGUCAAAUAAAUGAGCGGGGAAGCGGCUGUCAGUGAUAUUGAUUUAUUUUUCAAAGAAGUUGAAACUUGAGUGGUGGUUUGAGGAUGAAGGGGUGCGUGUGAUGAGUGGGCGGUCGUUCGUGAAGGGAAGGAUCUCGUGGAAAUGCCGGGGAGUGGUAGAAUGAGCGGCCAAGAUGAAGACUAAGAGUUUCCUGCUGUUCUCGACCUCGGUGUUCGCGACCAGUCUCUUCCUGAUAGUGUUCCACUCGCAGCAGCCGCAGUCCAUCCAGAAUAUCGUGUCGCAGACGCACCAGCACAUCAAGGACUUCCAGGUUGUUUCCCCACAGGACAACCUUCGAGAUGUGGAAGAGAACCACUUGGUUGAAGAGGAGCGCUACCUCAAGAUCCUGGGUCUCUCGGGGCAUGUGGAAACCUGGCACAACACAACAGUGCCGGUAAUAGUGACACAUGUCCGGGACGACCCUGCCAUGGCUGUGAGCUUCGUGAGGGCAGCAGCAAGGCUGCCCUACACUAUACUGCUGUACAAUUUAGGAUUAAAACCCAACUCAUUGGCUGUGGUGUCGAGCUACUGCAACUCCUCGCGCUGUGCAGUCAUCGACUUCGACCUGGAGGCUUUCCCUUCUCACGUCAGCGACGAGAGCAUCACAGCUUAUCGCCCGCUCAUCAUACAGCACGCCUUAUCCCGCGUAGGCGGUGUCAUCUACGCGGAACCUAACCAGCGUUGGACGGGCUCCCCAGCCUCUCUCACCGCAUUAUGGACGCGAGCGGCGCACUCUGGCGUCCUGGCGUACCCUAGACGCGCCGCUGUGACGUCAUUCACUCAUCCGCGCAUGUUUCAUUACUUAAACGCGGCGCUAGAUGACUUCCUCUUUGUGCAGAUGUUGGAGCUCACAAGGUUGUUGGUAGCAGACACACCGGCGGUCAAGGAGGUGAUGCGGCCGUGGGUGCAGUGCGCACUCACGCAGGACUGCAUCAUGCCUAUAGGUGCACAAGCAGCAGGCGGUUGCCGUUUCGACAAGAAGCCGCAAUACCGUUACUCGGGAUGCCACGGACAGGACGCCUCGGCCCUCAGCAUCAUCCUAGGGCUCCGCUCGGGCUUCGAGGAGAGCUCGUACGCCCCUCGAGGGACCGUGGCCUGGAGGCGGGAGGAGCAGGCUAACGCGAGCAGGGCGCUGGCUGCGUUACAGAAAAAUGCCACAGAAGAAGCGAGGACGGACCGUAGUGAGAGGCAGGUUAGCUUGCCACAACAGUAGGGAAUUUAUGUACGUCAAUGUAAUUAUCAAUGCUUAGUUUAUAUUGAAGCUGUGGCCUGGAUAGAAAGAAGCUAACGCGGGCCGUUGGCGCUCCAGAAGAAUGCUAUGGAAAAUGCAAGAACUGAUUAUAGUGAGCGGCAAGUUAGCUCACCGCGACUAUACUAGGAAUUUAGUUUAAAACUCUAAUAAUUUAGAGCUGUGGCCUGAAGCAGAAACACGCUAAUGCUCGUAUGACGUUUGCUAUGUAACCACACUAGAAACUUAAAUGCUUUAUCAAUGCUUAAUUAAAGAACCCCAUCGGAGCUGCUAAUGUUACUGAAUAAUGCUAUGGAAGUCGUGUCGCGGUAUGAAGCGUUUUCGCUACAUACCGGGAAAUCCGUGCUAUGGACGGCUACGACCGUAGCUUAACAGUGAAUUAUUUAAGACUUCUAAUACAUAGGAUCUCAAGGAUGUCCAUAAAAACAUCGGUUUUAGGGUAAAUUCUCCCCUUGACGCCAUACUGUACGUACAACAUCACAUUAUCAAUUUAUCAUAUUAUAAUAGCAAUAUUAUCUCUAGCGUACGGCGUCAACGGGACGUUUAGAGAAAGCUCCUUUUAGACUGCGUUUCCACCAGAGACGUGCGAGGAUGCGUAGCGAGGGAUGAGUUUGUUAAGAGCCAAUAGAAUCUCUUCAAUUCCUAUACCAUCGCUCAGAGCAGCUCUAGUGAAUAUUAUUUUAUUGGUUCUUAACUCAUCUCUCGCUACGCACCCUCGCACAUAUCUGGUGGAAUCGCGGCCCUGUACUGGCGUUUAUUCUUGAAGUGAUAACGUUUUAUUACUAAUUUUUUUGUACUAACAGCAACACCCUUAACUAACCUUUAAAAAACCUUAUCUCGUUGCAAUAAGGUUCUCGAAAGGUUAGUUAACUGUGUGAACGAUGCAAUACUAAUCGGGAGAGUAAAAUAUUGUAGGGAGUUAAGACAACGGUCAGGGAAGUUCUUAAAUACAUCAGGCGGUCAAAUACACCUGCAUGACGCAUAAGGCUGUGACGGAAUAUCUAUGGAAAACUUAAACGUAAAUGUUUAUUUUCUUUGUCUGUUUCACAUGGAUUUCUGAGCGCGCUGUUAAGAAAAUUUAUUGGAGUUUUUAGUUUCCGCGCCAGACACCAGUUUCCAAGGCUGUUAAUUUAACUCUCAAAUUUUGCAAUUGAUAUGAGUACCUACAUAAUUAUAUUUGUAGCAUAUGUGACUGCUACAUAAUGAAAGUGUGGGUUUAUGAAACGAGCUGACAGCGAGUGUCACGUGUGUAGAUAGAUCAAACAUGAUUUUGCACAUUCUAUUGAAACAAUCACCGUCUUUGUUUCUCAUACUUAUGUCACUUGAAAAUUUGAUUGGUUAGUUCACGCCCUAUUGUAUUUACUAGAGAUGUAAAUAUGUACGUGUAAAUUGUAAAUUAAAUGCAAUGUUUGAUGCAAAUUCCGCGUUGCUUUAGUCAGUAAAUAUAUUCAGAAUUGUUCUACGUUCAUUGUUGUGAGUUCUAUUAUCUUACUUAUUGACACUGUUACGUUAGUAUAAUCGCGCUCCAAUGACAGGCACCCAUACAUUGUGAGUUGUGGGGCUAAAUGCAAUUUUAUACAUAUGUUUUGAAGGGAAAAUAAAAUCGUGCUGUAAGUCUAAAAAAUGACUAUCGCUUAUGUAAGUGAAUUUAAAUUAUUUAAUAUUUUGGAGCUCUUGCGUAACUGGCUCUUUCUCUUGGCCAGGCGUUAGAAAUCGUGAAAUGUAUGUUGAAAAAAGCGUGAUAUGUAUUAUAGGUAUUUUUAAGUUUUUUUUAUUGUGAUACUCAUUAGGACAUUUAGUUAUGUUUGUUUCAUAUUAAGUCAUUUUUAUCACUAAUUUUUCAAAUGUUAAGCGUAUAGCACCGACCUUAACACAUUCAAUACCACUAAGUGCUACGGGUUACGCUCGUAGCGCGUAGCCACGGUUUCGUCGUAUGUAGCGCGUAGUCGCUACGAACAGUGUACCCGACAGUCGGGUUCUUGGUGUUGAAUGUGUUAAUGCUGCAUUGACAAGUCAGUUACAAAACUUACAAACAGCAAACAUAUGACAUACCAUCGUCCACACUGUCAACUCACAAUAGUAAGCCUUAUUGCAAAGACAUAAGGUACACACAUAGUUAAGAGUGUUGCUAUUAGUACAGCGAUCAGGGUUGUGACUCAGUGUUUCUUGAGAGAUAACUAGUUGGUUCUCUGUGAGAUAAGAACUUCCUUUGCAGAGAGCGAUCGCCAUUUUAAUCCGUGAUCACAUUGAAAUAGAGUUGAAAAGUGAAACACCUUUGUUUCCUUUACGUUCUUGAUGGAAACCGCAUUCUGAGUAUUUUUAUUAAGCAAGUUUAGUGUCAGUACACUCAACAUCUAAAUAUGUUAUACAAUUUUGUAGUUUAAUCCUUAGUGAUAAGAUUCUAAAGUGUAUAAAUAUUUAUAUUGCUGAAAGUAGUAGGUAAGCACCAGCAAUAUCUUGUAGAACGGAGGGCGCAUAAAUAUAUGACACAAUAUUAUGUCCGAUAUUUUUGCGUCACUGUACGUCAGUGUAUAAUUGUGUAAAAAUGUAUAGAACAACGUUAAGUGUUUAUUUACCUAUAGUCUAACUUACCUUGUCGCACAAUGUUUUUAUGUUACAACCGCUGUUGCUUAUAUAAAUUAUUAUAGUCUGUGCUGUGUCACUAGAAAAAGCCGAAACAUUCAAAAAUAUACAUUUGUUAAAACAUCCACGUUUAGAAUUUUGAUGGCUCCUUUUUAUAGUGGCACUAUUGUAUGAUACUUGACUAGAACACAUGUAAUGUAAUGCAAUGGAAACUCAAGCGUAAAUCUGUUAACAUAAGGUUCAUUUUGUGGAUACUGCUCAUAUUCUUUGAUAAAUUAGGCUGUCUUUAAUACAAUUUUGCAUAUGUCAAAUAUUGCUUUAAAUACUUACAUCGCCAUUGUAUCGGGAUGAACAGGUCUAAUAUUUUGAGUAUCUGUACACAAUACAAACGUACCUCAAUUUUUAUAUUUUUCGAGAUAUUUUUGCGUCCGAACCAAUUUUGCCUGUGCUGUAAAGAGAUCUCAUCUAGUGUCAUGUAAGCUUUUAUAACCUUGCACUCUUUCACACUUGUAUUAACCUUGGACCGCCUGACCAUUAUACUUAUACAUAUUAGUUAAGUAUGACGCUUUUGUUUUACGCACUUGGCGGAUAAAAUAAUGCUUUUAGUGAGAUUUAGACAUAAUGGUUUCAUAAUUCCGAACAAUAUUUGCCUAGAUGCUGUCAAAAGCAUUUGUUAUCGCAUUUUCCAAAGGCACCUCCGCGAUGCCUUUAAAAAAAAGUUAAAAUAAGCUUUAAUGGUUUUGGUAAAAAAAAUGUAUUCGGUCAAACUAAAAUUGGUCAAAAACUUCCCCCCAAGCAGGGAUAUUCUAUUCCCAAAAAUAUUUGUAUAAAAAUCUGACUGGUUUUUUUUAUGGGUGUCCAAUUUUACCCAAGGCAGGCGUUUCCGAACCUUUGGCGUAGCGUGAUAGCUAGACGGGUAGGAAAACCUUUUUAGUAAUAAAAACACUUGAGUUUCUCUAAUUUUCACCACUUUAAAAUUUAAAGGGAACACGAUUUUUUUUACUAAAGUCCCUCGCAUAAAAGGUAAGUAACCGCUGGCCUAAAUCAAUAGUUGUACAAUGUACAUUGGUCGCAACCCGCCUCUGUCCGCCAUAACUAUAAUACUUAUAAUAGAUGUUACGGCGUAUUGUACAGUUUAUGAGAUCUAGUCUUUAGUACCAAAUAAGUGGACGCUGUCAGGUGCGCGCGCGGCGAUUAUCAUCACUAUUGUUAGGACAAUUGAGUUCAAUUUAGCGUGGCAUUAAGAUCUCUUUUAUAAUGAUAACACAUAACAGUGUCGUCAGAACUGACCGUACAUUUUAGGAAAACCAACGAAAAUGUGGCACCGAAUAUACCCAAUAUUACACUCCUGAAGGAAACGCUCCCAGCGAUAUUUAUGAAAAAUUUGGUACUCUUGAGUACGUAUAGAUAACUGAAAUUAUUAACACUAACUCUUUUUCUGUUAUGCUAGUGUAGUAAGUAUUUUAUGUCAAUUAAUAAACCGCCCGCGCAUCUGACGACGAUAGUAAUAAGUAAUGGCAGCUAGUACUUGUAAGCACGCAAGCUUGUACAUUAUAGACAUAAACCAUAUUUAAACUGCGGGCCCUCGCAAGCUACAUUCACAUCUAAAGUAAUCUUCACUCGUGCACACAAACACUACAAUAACCAAUACUUUUACGGUGUUUGUGUGCGUUACUUCUAUAAGAUUAAAGUGAAACAAGAAUAAUAAAUCAAGAGUAAUAGUCGGUAAUCUUCGCGGGUCCCUUAAGGUGCAAGUGGGACAACAAUAAACGGCCGAGUACUAUUAAUAGUAUUAAUACAUACUUUGGUCUUCUUUUACUGUAGGUACCUAUAUAAGAUAUGCGCGCAGUUUAAAGAUAGUUCACGUCUACUAGGAUAUAGUUUGGACUGAUGGCUAGACAGGAGACGGAAAAUUGCCAUCGUCAACAAAAGAUGCAAUUCUGAACCUUAAAAGUAAAGAGAUAAGGUCUUUUGUCUUAGUGUGUUGCUUUUAGUAACAACAGAAUUGUUACUGUCCAUCCGUGGAUCUUAUGUCUUUGCAAUAAGGAUUACGAAUUGUCAGUUAACAGUGUGGACGAUGGUACACGCUGCAACAUUAAUUGGACCCUAAUAAAGACAUGUGUACAUGCAAUUUUGCAGCUCGCUACACAUCGUCUUGCUUUAGUUAAUAAAACAGCAGUGGCUCACCAGACGAUGUGCAAUAAUGGUGUAAUGAAUAUGUGACAUUUCUGUACGAAAUGUAUCGUGUUGUAGACAACAGCGAUUACCGUUCAAUUUGCUUGGAAACGGCACGUAACGAUAAAUGUUAGGAAAACUGUCAAUUUUAAUCGAUUUUUCAGCAUCAAUGACCAAAUAGUGACAUUUAAUAAAAGAAGAACAGCAUAUAAAAAUGCGUCUUUUAUUGUGUAUUCUCGCUGUACUUAAGAAUCUAAAGAAUAAUUAUCUUGUUUGAGAAAAAUAGUGUAUUUAUUAUACUGUAAUGCACUUACGUUUAAGUCGCGCGGACUGCUGUAUCAUAUUUACAAUUUAAAUAUUAAUGCAUAAUAACACAAUGUACAUAGUAAAGAGCUUAAGCUAAAGUUAUUGAGGUUCGUGUGACUUUUUGCCCAUCGCAUAGAGUUAAUAUUGCAAUAUUACUUACUACAUACAUUAUAAAACCCGCUUAAUUAUUUAUUACAACUACAGUUUGUAGUUUAUUAUAGAGUUCACUGGUUCAGUAUUAAGUUUUGUGCACACCAGAUGCUUGUGCGUAGACGUUCACGUGCGCGUUGUAAAGUAUAGAUCUGGGAUGUUGCGGAUGCAGAUUUUUUUGACAUCCGCGGAUGGGGAUGCGUAUAUUUAGGUACUUAAAAAGACGUCAAAUGUUACAUUUUAGUCAUUUUUAUUUAAAAAAAACGAAACGUUUCGUAUUUGAGCAAGAAUAUAGGCGAGUUAUUUGUAAUAAUCAGUAACUUGGACUUUUCUGGAUCUAGACAAUUUCGUUUUAGGUAAUGACGAAAUUACCGCCGGCUCUAAGACUUUCCUGUACCGACUUGUUCGACAUCCACAUUAAGCUCCGCAUCGAUUUCAUGCGGAUGCGGAUUUUGAAAAUAAUGCGGAAGUUCCGCGGAUGCGGAUGCGAAUAUUCGCAACAUCCCUGGUGACCCUGGUACAGAUGCUUAUGUAAGACGGCACUCUGCUUACGGUUGCAUUUAAACAUUUUCCACCUAAGGUUUAAUGGGUAGGUAUUAAAGUGAAUAGACUAUUAUUGAACCAGCGAAAUUCACCUUGGACCCGUAGGUCUCUUUACAUCAGUUUGUAAUAAAAAUAUAGUAGGUAUCAUAUUAAGUGGGUUUUACUUACUAAAAUAUUACAUUGUGACCUGUACAAUGUAUACGCUGUUUCGCAUAACUACCUACAUUUGCUGAGAUAUCAUAUAUUUCAAGCUGUAUAUCUAAUUAUCUUGUCGAUGCCAUAUAUUUUGAAAUCACGUCAUUUGGCUAUGGUCUUGAAGUUUUUUAUAUUGUACCUACGCAUAAGAUAUCAAUGGACAUUGAACAGUGAUAGUUAUUUAUUAAAGUAUGAUUAAAUGAUUAUGAUGAAUGAA